GUGUACACUAUGUUUAUUACUGCACCCAAUAAAAUCGUUUUUUCCCUUCGGCUUAAGGAAAGAAACAAACAUCGGAGAACCUCUGAUAAACCCUAGAGUUAAGAAGACCGUACAAAAUUCAAGUGAGACGGACUUACUUUGUUACUUUUCAGUUCUAUUCUUGAUCACGAAGCUCAAUUUCGACUUUAAUUUGAGUUUAAGUAGCGAGAUGCCACGAAAGCCUAAAGGACAUCGCCGUUCGUUGAAAUUGAAACCUCAGCCGUUGAUUUUCUCUCGGUUCGCUCGUUCGGUGGCUCAAUUGGCUUCAGUUCCACUGUUUAGAGGUCAAGCACAAAAAGUUAGAGUUCAUAGAGAGUCUCUUCCUAAUCCAACAAGUAAUGGGUUUUUGAAGAAGAGUUUGAUAGAGAAGAGUGAUCAGUCUGAGUCCUCUGAAGACGAAGGUUUUGAGGGAGUUGUCCAAGCAGAUUUUGUGUUCUUUGAUCCAAAACCAGAUGACUUCCAUGGAGUGAAGAUUUUGCUACAGCCUUAUCUUGAUAACAUGCAAUGGGAUUUGAGUGGUUUUGUGGACUUGAUAUUGGCACAGAGCACUGUUGGCACUGUUGUUAAAAUAGAGGGUGAUGACGAUGAUUCAACUUUUUCAGUUGUGACUGCUCUCAAUUUGGGGAGAUAUAAGGAUCAUGAAUGUAUAAUGGAGCUCAAGGAGUAUCUCCUUAAAGUAUGCCAGGGGAAGGAUGUAAUAAAUAACUUGAAAUUACUAUUGGGAGAGCAAGCACAUGAUGUGGGUCUGUUGGUCUCACAGCGUGUGGUGAAUCUUCCUCCUCAGCUUUUACCACCUAUGUAUGAUGCUCUCUUUGAUGAAGUCUCAUGGGCUACAGAAGAUGAGCCAACACAGGAGCUCCGAAAUUCUUUCUGCUUUAAGUUUUAUCUGCUAGUCUGUAAAAUUUACAAGCUCAAAAAUGCAAGCCAGAAAAAGAAGCCAAGUAGUCAGAGGGAUGAGGAAAUCAUAUAUAUUAAGCCAGAAGAUGAAAUUUUUCAUCAGCUCAGCUGUUGGUCCUUCAGUUUUCCUUUGCACACUCAGCAGGUUGAAACUCAAGAGUCAAUCGUGCAGCUGAAAAAUUACCACUUAACAGGGCUAGUGAUGGCUGUAGAGGCUGAAAAAAUUUCUACCUUCCAAGAGCAGCUGCAAUCUUUGAUUGUGGAACCAUGAGACAUAAAGGUGUUCUUUGUUUGGUGAGAUGCAUUACAUACAGGUGCAAACUUUGAUCUCUUGGUUUCUUACAAUUUUUUUGAGCUUCGAGUGUAGUAAUUUGUUUUAGGAUAUAACCCAAUUUUAUCAUCUCCACUACUAAUCGACCUGCUUUACGAUAACAUUUUAUAGAAAUUGGAAUCUGUUAACAUUUAUAAAAUUUAAAGCAGGUUAAAUUUUGUUUCAA